AUGGCUCCGGGAGCUCUCGUCGGAUCUGAUAGCCCUCUUCUGGCUCCAGUCUCUGGAAAACUUGAUGUUGCUCCCACGCUCUACGACGGAAUUGAUGAAAAGGAGCUCCAAGAGAAGUCUAAAGCUUAUCUUGCCAACUAUGGCACCAAGUUUCAUGACGACGUAAUUGUUGGUUCGCGAGGAAUGUACAUUUACACAGCUUCUGGCCACAGGAUCCUUGACUGGACUUCAGGUCAAAUGUCUUGCCUCCUGGGCCACGGACAUCCCGAGAUUGUCAAAACCGUUGUCGACCAUGCCAUGUACCUCGAUCAUCUCUUCUCUGGGAUGGUUUCUCCUCCUGUUAUUAGUCUCGGAGAACGUCUCUGCAAGGCUCUCCCUAAGGGUCUUGACAAGACCUUCUUCCUCUCUACCGGGGGCGAAAGCAAUGAAGCUGCCAUCAAGAUGGCAAAGAUGUACACUGGAAAAUGGGAAAUUGUCGGUCUCGGCGCCUCCUGGCACGGCAUGACCGCCCAAGCUUUGGGAGCACAAUACCAUUAUGGCCGUAAGGGCCAGGGCCCAACUCUCCCAGGCCAACUUAUGCUUCCCUCUCCAAACGCCUAUCGGUCUGAGUUCCGGAAGCCCGAUGGAUCUUAUGAUUGGGAGGCUGAACUUGACUAUGGCUGGCGCAUGGUAGACUUACAGUCCACUGGUAACCUUGCUGCAUGUAUCGUGGAGUGUAUCCAGAGCUCUGGAGGAAUGAUUGUUCUCCCUCCAGGAUACCUCAAGGCUAUGAAGAAGCACUGCGAGGCAAGAGGCAUGCUGCUAAUUGUCGAUGAAGCUCAGACUGGUGUUGGACGAUGUGGUGACUUUAUGGCCAUUAAUCACGAAGACGUCGUGCCUGAUAUUCUGACUCUUUCCAAGACAUUGGGCAAUGGUCUUCCUCUUAGCGCAGUUGUUACCAGCGAAGAGAUUGAUCGUGUCUGUAACGAAAAAGGCUUCAUGUUUUACACCACUCAUGUCAACGAUCCUCUUCCCGCUGCUGUUGGUGACAAGGUUCUCGAAAUCGUUUUCCGAGACAACCUCGUCCAACACGCUCGAGAAGUGGGAAAAGUCCUUCAAGACGGCCUCUUGAAGCUCAAGUCACGAUACGGCUGUAUUGGCGAUGUCCGUGGCCGCGGCCUCAUGGCCGGUGUUGAGAUCGUGGCCAGCAGAGAAACCAAAGAGCCAGGUCUAGAGCUGGCCAAGAAGAUUGGAGAUACAGCAUACAACCUGGGUGUGUGGGCAAACCUGAGCAGUCACCCGAGCUUUGGAGGUACCUUUCGAAUUGCACCGCCGAUUACUGUAACGGCGGAGCAGAUUGAGGAAGGGUUGGCGAUGUUGGAGAAGGCAUUUGCGGAGACUGAGGGGACGGUGCCUCUUUACUAG